UCAACAGUAGGAGAUUUUGCGUGAUGCUGCACAUAGGCUGCAUCUUAUUUCACUCAUAAUCACGGUUACUCACAUAUCUCAGUAAAACAAAAUUGUAACGUAAAUACGUGUGUGUAGAUUUUUUGGAACAAUUACGAACAAAAUCCAGGUCGCUAGAUCCAUGUCUUUACAAAUGUCUCGGAAAGAAUCGGUGUUCUUGGAUUAUCAGAUCACGUGAAAUUCGAAGGGCCUCAUAACACCGAGGCAUAAGUGGUACACUGUACACAAUAAUGGUGAUAUUCACAGAAGAAAGUAGGUUCAUAUGGUUCAUUGUGGUGGCGACAUCGAUAUCACCUGGCUGGACCGAGGCUGUGAGCAACGAGCAGCAACAAUCCCAGUCGAACCGCCUAGAAAAUGUGACACAGACCAUUUCCAGACUCCUGCAGGGAUACGAUAUCCGGCUGAGACCAAACUUUGGAGGUGAUCCUUUAUAUGUGGGUAUGGACCUAACCAUUGCAAGUUUUGAUUCCAUCUCUGAAGUUAAUAUGGAUUAUACCAUCACAAUGUACCUGAACCAAUACUGGAAAGAUGAAAGACUGGCAUUCAGUACAGAUGAAGAAAUUCUGACACUCUCAGGAGAUUUUGCCGAGAAAAUUUGGGUCCCUGACACAUUUUUUGCCAAUGACAAGAACAGUUUUCUGCAUGAUGUCACGGAGAGAAAUAAACUGGUACGUUUGAAUGGUGAUGGAAGCAUCACAUAUGGCAUGAGGUUCACUACAACAUUAGCCUGCAUGAUGGAUCUUCAUUAUUAUCCUCUGGAUUCACAGAACUGCACUGUUGAAAUUGAAAGCUAUGGAUACACAGUAUCUGAUGUGGUCAUGUAUUGGAAAGAGACGCCAGUACGUGGUGUUGAUGAAGCAGAGUUACCACAAUUUACUAUCAUUGGCUGUGAAACCAAUGACCGCAAAGAGAAGCUUGCCACUGGCAACUAUCAGCGACUCUCACUUUCCUUUAAGCUGCAGCGCAACAUUGGUUACUUUGUAUUUCAAACAUAUCUCCCAUCAAUACUCAUUGUCAUGUUGUCAUGGGUCUCCUUCUGGAUUAACCAUGAAGCAACCAGUGCUCGUGUUGCCUUAGGAAUCACAACUGUCCUCACCAUGACCACAAUCAGUACAGGUGUGCGCAGCUCUCUGCCACGUAUCUCUUAUGUCAAGGCAAUUGACAUCUAUUUAGUGAUGUGCUUUGUCUUCGUGUUUGCGGCUUUGCUCGAGUAUGCAGCUGUAAACUAUACUUAUUGGGGAGCUCGUGCUAAAAAGAAAUCCAAAAAAACUAAAGAGGCUGAGGAAAAGAAAACUACACAAGCACCAGCUGGGUCAGUGUCCGACCAGCAACAGCAGGAGAUCAUUGAGCUGCAGGACCUGCGAAUGUCCCCCAUCCCGUCCAUCCGCAACCGGCACAACAGUCGCAAUUACUCCACAUCUUCUGCAGAAGGUCUUGAUCCAGCCAAGUUCCCACCGAGCUUCCGCAUGAACCGAGCAGCUGGCGGCUAUUCCUUCCCCGUCCGGUCUGCGGGUGGCUUGCGUUUCCGAGGAUCAAGAAGUCAUCUUCCUCAACACAGUAAACCCAAAGUUUUCCAUGCACUGAAAAGAGGAGCAUCUGCCAUUAGAGCUUCAAUGCCAAAGAUUAAAGACGUAAAUAUCAUAGACAAAUACUCACGGAUCAUCUUCCCAUUAUCAUUCAUGCUGUUCAAUGCAGCAUACUGGAUCUUCUACGUACUUCCUUCUGCAAAUGGUCCAAAGUGAAAAUUAAGGGUAGCCACAGUCUUGAACUGUGCCUGAAAAAGUACGCACACUUAAACUAAGUAGAGUGUUGUUGAAAGAACCAAACAGAGACAAUUCUAAGGUGCUACUGUCCACACUGACUGUUAUAAUGAUGGUAUAAAUUCUAUACAUGCAAAUGAAAAGUAUCCACAUUCAAUUACAACAUUAUAAGUUCAAGAUAAGAUAGACAUAAGUAAAUGUUUAUUUUCUGGGUUGCAAACUUGUUACUUUGAUACUUUGUAUAAGGCAAUUCUAUUUUCUUAUGAAAAUUCUGAUAACUGUGUUUAGUUGAUGUACAAGUCUUUUUGAAUUUCAGUAAACAUGAUUGAAAAUACUCAGAUUCAACAAAUGGAUAACUUACUUAUGUUUAUAAAAAAUCUUAUACACAUAACGAAUGAAUUCUGCUGCAGAGAUUUAUGACAGUUUCUUCUCACAGAAAUGACAGAGAUUUCUGAAGCAUUAUUAUCGCAAGUGUACUGCACUUUCAAGUUUGCUGAAAAUAAUCAAAUAUAACAGUUAUUUAUGAAUUUUCUGUUGCCACAAAAUGGAACAUGAAUACAUUUUCACCAGUUUUCAUAAAGACUGGCCUAUUAGUAUUUACAAUUUCUUACUAGCAAAAAGAAAAUUAUUUUACAACUUUGCUAAGAUGGGUAUUCAGAAUCCUAAAGUAUGACAUAAGCAGAACUUCAUAAUGAUCCUUUUGUAAAUGUUAAACUUUGGAAGACAUCUUGCUUCACAUUUCGGUAAUCAAAUUGCCCACACAACAGAAUCUAAAAUGGUAAACAGUUGAAUUUCUGAGACAGGGAUAUUUCCAAGUGAAUGAAGGUGAGAAAGACUCACAAGAAAAUUCUGUUGCCUAAAAAUUGUUAAAUAGCUACACAUUAUUUGCAUCAACAGAAUAUACUUUAUACUCUUACCAAAAAAUAUUCUAAAUUCUAUGAACGCUAUUCUCAAAGUGUCAAGGUAUGCAUUGAACUGAAUCUGGAGUAGACACCAUUCAGCUUCCUCUUAUCCAGUUGUGAGUAUACAGAGUGAUUCAGAAGGAACCUGCCAAUCUUCAUGAGUGCAGUUAUCAAGUGGCUUUGAGUGAGUAAGUCCUAUUAACAUGAGCUGAACAAAGAAUGUUUAUAGAUUCAUCGUACUCUGAAAGUAGGAUAAUGAUACGAGUCUGUUCAAUAAAGAUUAAGAACGAUUUUCUGUAAAAUGUUUGUAAGUCCUGAUGGAACUUCCAUUUUUUCAUUUAUGGUGGUUGGUAGCACUGACAGGUGCGAGUCAAUGUCUGCAGUUAUAGGUUGCUGCAUGUUUAGUUAUGCUUGUGCUGUAACCUUGAUUAGGCUGUAUGAGCCUGAGAGUAAGCGGCAAAGCACUCAGUGGGUCUCUUAAAGCUAUAUAUAAGGACUCCAUCAGAAGAAAAUGACCUUAGCUUGUUUGGACACUGGUUGCUUCAUCAUGACAGUGCCAAACCACAUGUUGCAAACACUGCCAUUCAAUUUUUAACAAGUAAAGGUGUUCACUAUAUUCCCUAUCCUUCCUACAGCCCAGAUCUAACACCUUGUGACAUUUUUUGUUUCCCAUAUUAAAAUGACAGCUUUGAGGACAGCACUUCCAGACCAAAGAUGCUGCAGUCAAAGCUGUAGAGGUGAUUUUAGAGAAAAUGUCCAAAAAUGUCCAAAAAUGGCACUGAUGUCUUUGAUGAGUGGCAGAACUGCGGGGAUAUGAGUAUUGACUUCAGGGGGGCCUAUUUGAAAAGGAACACACUUGUAAUAAUUCUAAAUAAAGAAGGUGUUUUAAAAAAUCAUUCUCAGUCUCUAUUGAACAGUACUAACAUAUCAUAAAUAAGGAGUUUAAUUAAAAAUUUGAUGUUAUUCAAUAACAAAACAUCAAACUGAGCAGGUCUAAACAUGCACAUAGCAUCAAUAAAACCUUCUCGGGCAAUCAGCCGUGUUAACUGGUUACUGUAGUAAACCGACGUUUUGGGAACCAACUCUGUCCCCAUCAUCACGGUUCUGAUGUGACUGGAUACCUCGGACGUCACCUGUCUCAAAUCCUAUGUAUAUAGCAUGUUGCUGAUAUACAGCAUUGCCAGCCACUUCAACAGAAUACCUCAAUGUACUGCACAGUAACAGUGCUCAAAUGUACAUUCAAGUCACAAACACUUUGAACAGUGUUUGUAACAUGUUUCAUUGUCAAAUAACACAUUUCAGUUCCAUGUUAAAAUAACUGUGAAAUGUUUAAUUAAAAUCCCUCAUUUCUGGUA